AGAGAUGGAAGCCAGAAACAAGCCCCAACUCCUCCUAUUCAUGACACUUUUCAGUGUCCUUUUCUCACAGACAUUGGCCUGGCCUCUUUUUGAAUCACCUUCUACUCUGAGGUUGGAUGACAGCGUACAGUUAGAAGGAGCAAACGAACCUGAUGAAGAUUCAUUAAAAGCAGACACUGACAUCCUGCAAAGUGCAUUAGCUGAAAGUGACGCACCCCAUGAUGAUGUAUCCAGAAAUGCCAGGCAUGCUGAUGGAGUUUUCACUAGUGACUUUAGUAGACUCCUCGGUCAACUUUCUGCUAAAAAGUACCUUGAGUCCCUUAUUGGAAAGCGAGUUAGCAGUAACAUCUCUGAACACUCUGCACCAAUGAAACGACACUCGGAUGCAGUCUUCACUGACAACUACACCCGUCUUAGAAAACAAAUGGCUGUCAAGAAAUACUUGAACUCAAUUCUGAAUGGGAAGAGGAGCAGCCAGGGAGAAUCUCCCAACGUCCCUAAUGAACAAGAGAAAUGAUGAAGAAGCCC